AUGUUACAUUUAAACCAAAAACCUAAUAUCAACGAACAAGUAGUAAACACAGAUAAAGGUGAACAGAUGGCUACGACGUCAACGACAGCACAUGUCGCUAACGAGACAGAUAACGUGUUGCUAGGUACCGCAGUAGUAGAAGUAUUCGGCUUAAACGGCGAGAAGACUUACGCCCGGGCAUUGCUCGAUUCGGGGUCUACUAAUCAUUUCAUUUGUGCGGAGUUGGUAAACAGUUUAAAAUUAAUUAAAAAUAAGACUAAUCAUAUUGUUUACGGCAUUGGGAAUUCAAAACAAAACGUGACGGCAACGGUAUCGUUAAGAAUCAAAUCGCGUGUGAGUGAUUAUGAAAUAAACACGCAAUUAUUAAUUGUUCCAAAAAUCACGGGAGAGUUACCUGCGCGGAGUGUGUCUAAAAGUAAGGUGAAACUCGAAAAGAUUACACUUGCGGAUCCGUCAUAUAACGUUCCGCAGAAAAUUGACAUAUUAAUUGGAGCACGUCAUUUUUAUGAUAUUGUGGGAGCUCAGCAGUAUAAACCGGAGUCAAAUGGCCCUGUAUAUCGCGAGUCUAAAUUUGGAUAUAUUAUUUCUGGUUUAACAUCAAAUGACACAAACAUAAAAAACACGAUUUCCUGUUAUGCAUCAAACAGUCAUGAAAACAAAUAUGAGUCUUUAGAAAAUGUAAUACAACAGUUUUGGCGCGUCGAGGAUUAUGGCCAAAGCAAACCGUACACGAUGGAAGAACAAACUUGUGAACAACAUUUCAAGCAGAACGUUAGUCGCAGCGAGAGCGGUCGAUUUGUCGUACAUCUACCGUUUCGCGGAAACGUCUCAAAAUUAGGCAAUUCCUACGACAUCGCAAAAGGAAGAUUAUUCGCAAUAGAAAGGCGAUUUAGAAAAAAUCCCUCGCUGAAAAAGGAUUACGUAAAAUUUAUGAACGAAUAUGAAAAAUUAAACCAUAUGACACAGAAUAUGGAUAACGAAGAAAUCGAAUUGCCCGGUCGUAUGUGCUAUCUAGCUCACCAUUGCGUCCAAAAUGAAAACAGUCUCACAACAAAAUUACGCGUAGUAUUUGAUGCAUCAACAAAAACAGAAAGUGGGUUUAGUUUAAACGACGUACUACAAAAGGGACCGUCAAUACAAGAAGAAUUAAUUCACAUAUUAGCCAGAUUUCGCACGCACAAUUUUGUGUUAACUGCCGAUAUAAAAAAAAAUGUACCGACAGAUACAGUACCUGCGUCUUAUCUCGCGACGGCUUGCUUACAAAGAUUAUCGGAAAUCGGACAAGUUCAAUAUCCAACAGUAGCACCAUUAAUUGCACAUGAUUUUUAUAUGGACGAUUUUAUCAGCGGCGCAGCUACAAAGAAAGACGCAAUCGAGAUACGCAAUGCACUUAUCAAAUUAAUGUCUACAGCUAAAUUAGAGCUAGGUAAAUGGGCGUCUAACGAUUUGGAUAUAAUUCGAGAUGGUUUCGACAACAAUGAUGGCUUAGUGGAUUUUCAAGAGACAAGUAAUGAUUUAACUAGAAUACUUGGUCUAUAUUGGGACUCUCACACCGAUGAACUUAAAUAUAAGAUAAAUGAAACGUCGUUAGUAACGCCUCUUACUAAACGCAACAUAUUGUCCGAUAUUGCACGUAUAUACGACCCACUCGGCUUAAUUGGUCCGGUAAUAGUAUGUGCAAAAUUAAUCAUGCAAGAGUUAUGGAAAGAGGGUUUAUCUUGGUCAGAACCGGUUUCGGAAAAGAUAAGCAGUGAGUGGUAUAAAUACAAAUCCGAAUUAUCGCAUCUAAAUGCAAUUAAAAUUCCGCGUCAAAUUACGAUAAACGAUAAAAUACACUCGAUACAAAUACACGGUUUCGCGGACGCGAGUAUUAAGGCAUAUGGAUGUUGUUUGUAUUUACGUUGUACGGACAUGAAUAACAAACAUAAGAUACAAUUAAUUUGCGCAAAGUCAAAGGUAGCACCACUAAAAAUAUUGUCGCUACCACGAUUGGAAUUGUGCGCCGCUCUAUUGCUAGCAAAGGUAGCAAAUAAGAUCGUACCAAGGUUGAAAUUGUCAAUCAGUAAAGCAUAUUAUUGGACCGAUUCCAGCGUCACAUGGUGCUGGAUUACGUCAACGUCGAAAAAAUGGAAAACCUUCGUAGCACACCGAGUUGGUCAAAUUCAAGAGAUCACGUCUCCCUCAAACUGGUUUCACAUUAGCGGUGUCGAUAAUCCAGCUGACGUGAUUUCACGCGGUUGUUGUCCCACCCAAUUAGCUAGUUUAUCAGUUUGGUGGAACGGGCCAAGUUGGUUGUCACGACACGAAAACGAGUGGCCUGAUACAACGAACCGCUCAUUAGAUUGCAACGAGGAGAGCGCAGAAACAAAAAUAAAUGAGAUAAGCGCUCUAUGCACUACGGCAAGGGAUAUAAAUAUCAUAAAUCGGUAUUCGUCUUUCGGUAAAUUGAUAAGAGUCGUAGCAUAUUGUUUACGAUUUAAAGCUAAUUGCUUACGUAAAACCGACAAACCAGGCGAUCGGUGCCGACUGAUUGGUAAUUUAAGUGCUGACGAAAUAAAAUUGGCAAAAACGGCAUUAAUUAAAGUUGUUCAAAGAAAUGAGUUUGCUAAUGAGAUAAAAUCUAUGCUUAACGGAGAGGCAAUAUCAAGUAAGAGUAAGUUAUUUCGUCUGCGACCGUUCUUAGAUAAGAAUAAUAUAAUACGCGUGGGUGGACGAUUAAAACAUGCAGCAUCAAUUUCGAUAUUCCAGCGUAACCCUAUAGUGUUACCACCAAAUAGUAAUUUCACGAAAUUAUUGUUAUGUAAUGAGCACGUAACACUAAUGCAUGGAGGUCCACAAGCUAUGUUAUCGUCGGUACGCAUGAGCUACUGGCCAAUUAACGGUCGCAAUUUAGCACGAAACAUAGUAAAUAAAUGCGUUAUUUGUUUUAAACAAAAACCUAUUAUAAUGCAACCGAUAAUGGGUGAUCUGCCUAAACAUCGGGUAUCUCCAGGCCGCGCGUUUCUAAGAUGUGGAGUAGACUUCGCCGGGCCCUUCAUGGUUAAAACUAGCACUCGAAGAAAUGCCCCGAAAGUGAAGUCUUAUGUAAGCGUUUUUAUUUGUUUAGCUACGCGAGCUAUACAUCUCGAGCUCGUCAGUGACCUGAGCACCGAUGCUUUUAUACGCGCAUUAAAUAGAUUUUUUGACCGUCGGGGAAAAAGCAUGGUAAUAUACUCAGAUAAUGCAACGAAUUUCGUAGGGGCCAACCGGAAACUAAAGGAAUGGUACCAAUUAUUUCAUAGUGACGAAAAUAAAAAAAGGACUAUGGAUACGUUAUCAGAUUUAGGCAUUGAUUGGAAAUUCAUACCUGCCCGUUCACCUCACUUCGGCGGUCUAUGGGAAGCAGGUGUAAAAUCCAUGAAAUCUUUAUUAUCCAAAGUCUUGGGUGAUUCGUACUUUACUUACGAGGAGUUGCUAACUAUUAUAACCCGAGCAGAGGCGUGUCUAAAUAGUCGUCCUUUAACACUUAUGUCCUCCGAUCCUAGUGAUAUGUCUCAUUUAACUCCCGGGCAUUUUCUCAUCGGUGACUCUCUCUCCGCCAUACCAGAAAUUGAUGACACAAACGUACCAACAAAUUAUCUAUCUCGUUGGCGACGCGUGUCACAAUAUUCGGAUAUUCUAUGGAGACGGUGGAGCAAAGAGUAUCUGUCCCAACUUCAGGAACGGGCAAAGUGGGCAAGCGAAAAGGGUGUCAAACUGAAGGAAGAUUCCAUUGUACUCAUGCGCGAUGAAAACCUUCCACCAAUGAAAUGGCGUUUAGGUCGGAUUAUCAAUGUCAUACCAGGGCAAGACGGUGUUAUACGCGUGGCUGACGUUAAAACGGCGAAUGGAACUUUUCGUAGAGCCGUCAGGCAAUUAUGUCCAUUGCCAUUUGUGGGUAAUUGUAAUUUGUAA